GGGGGGGGGGGGGGCAGCCACCGGGGUGUAUUAAAUACCAGGAUAAUGCAACAUGGACCCCAGUACUACUUACGGACUUACAGUGCUGUACCAGCCUUCUGCCCUGGUGACAUUACAUAUGAUCUCGUCGCGGUUCAUGGGCACAAUGGAAAUGCAUUGAAGACCUGGACUCACAAACAGAGCGGCGUGAUGUGGUUGCGUGAUCUCUUGCCCCAGGAGUUACCGACUGUUCGCAUCAUAACAUACAGCUAUAACGUCCGGUUCAACAACUUCACCGGACAUCAGGAUCGGAGGAACAUCUCAAUAAAACUUCUAUCUGAGCUAGUCGAUUUGAAGAAGACGGAUAAGAUAGGUACAACACUCUUACAAUCCUAUAGCUAGUUAAUCCAAGUAGGAAAUCCAGAGGCCUCUGAUCUUUAUCUGCCACAGUCUUGGUGGCGUCGUUGUCAAAAAGGCCCUUCUCAUUCGGUGCCCGGAAGAGCAGUCACGAGUACAAGAUGCAGCCUACGGAGUGAUCUUUUUAGGUGUAUACACUAGAAUGACCCUUGCGAGUUCUGAAAGACAUACUAAUAACG